CAAACAAGGGGAAGAGGUGGAGGCAGAGAGAGGAAUGACCAAUACCUGGAUUAAGUGGACCGGGGCUGAUGUGUUUACAGUCAUAGACCACACACACCUCAGCUUGCAGUUGCUGGAUGGCACAGCUGUAGUAGAGGUUAGGGGAGGGGGCAAAACAUUUACCCCGCAGGGUGCAGCAGGACCCUCCGAAGCUGUCACACGUGUACUCUGGGUUAAAACCGGCCGCACCGCUCAGACUCGGUGUUUUUCGAUUCAUUUGCUCCCUGAUUCCUUCACGGUGGAAGGGAGGUGAUUCUCUCCGCCGCCAUUUUUAGGGAACUGCCUAUCGGAAAGAGAAACUUUGCUAGCUGAGCGCUAGCGGCUAGUUGGCCAAUAGCCUGCUGCUGCCAGCCCGUUGUGACAGUUAACGCUUGGCAGUCGUUAGCCAGCUCAGCUCAGCUCAGCUCGUUGGUAGAAAUUAUCUCUACCGCCGGCCAGUAUAGAUGACAAAAGGCGGAUAUAGCUAAAGUCGACAAUUAGAGUGGGCUUCAGGCCAGCGUCUGUAUAUGGGUAGGGCAAUUAUGCAGUUAGAUUAGCGAAGUAGCAUUGCUAACUUAUCGGCUAGCAAAUUCACACUUUGAUUUCUGUGGACUGCAUUGCCCGUCUGUGAUUUAGCCUCAGCCGCUGUGCGCCGCCGUGUUCCCAGUGAGUGGAUUAAUCAGCCGCUUACAGCCCACUCCUCAGCCUGCGCGGAUUCAUUUGGACCAGGUGCCCAUGUGCUGGUUCCUCAGGCGCAUCCAUUACCGCAGAUGAAUCUUCGGCUGCUUUGGCAGAGCUCAGCACCCAGAUAGUCCCGUCCCCUUUGCGUGGGUGAUCAGGGACUACAUUAACCAGGAUGCCCUCCUCUGUAAGGGCAGGGAGCCUGAAGGAUCCAGAGGUGGCUGAGCUUUUCUUCAAAGAAGACCCGGAGAAGCUUUUCUCUGACCUCCGAGAGAUCGGCCAUGGCAGCUUUGGCGCAGUCUACUUUGCACGGGAUGUGCGCACGAAUGAGGUGGUGGCAAUUAAAAAGAUGUCCUACAGUGGCAAACAAUCUAAUGAGAAAUGGCAGGACAUCAUAAAGGAGGUGAAGUUUCUCCAGAGGAUCCGGCACCCAAACAGUAUAGAAUACAAAGGCUGUUACCUCCGUGAGCACACAGCAUGGCUGGUGAUGGAGUACUGUCUCGGCUCUGCCUCUGACUUGUUAGAAGUUCAUAAAAAACCUUUACAAGAGGUGGAGAUUGCUGCCAUUACACAUGGUGCUCUGCAGGGGCUGGCCUACCUUCAUUCCCACAAUAUGAUCCACAGGGAUGUAAAGGCAGGUAACAUCCUGCUGACUGAGCCUGGGCAAGUCAAGCUGGCAGACUUUGGCUCUGCCUCCAUUGCCUCACCUGCCAACUCCUUUGUGGGAACGCCGUACUGGAUGGCCCCAGAGGUGAUUCUAGCUAUGGAUGAGGGCCAGUAUGACGGGAAGGUGGAUGUCUGGUCCUUAGGGAUCACCUGUAUAGAAUUAGCGGAGAGGAAGCCUCCCUUGUUUAACAUGAAUGCAAUGAGUGCCUUAUACCACAUAGCGCAGAAUGAGAGCCCCACACUGCAGUCCAGUGAAUGGACGGAUUACUUUAGGAACUUUAUCGAUUCUUGCCUUCAGAAAAUCCCCCAGGACAGACCGCACUCUGACGACAUGUUGGGUCAUGCGUUUCUGCAACGUGAACGUCCAGACUCGGUGCUGAUGGAUCUUAUUCAAAGAACCAAGGAUGCAGUGCGAGAGUUGGAUAACCUGCAGUACCGCAAGAUGAAGAAGAUCCUCCUUCAGGAGGCCCACAACGGACCCACAACAGAAACCCAAGAAGGAGACGAGGAUCUGGAGCCUGGCGGGGGUCGGACCGGAACCGUGAACAGUGUCGGCAGCAACCAGUCCAUCCCCAGCAUGUCCAUCAGCGCCAGCUCCCAGAGCAGCUCUGUCAACAGCCUGAACGAAGCCGCUCAGGACAGCCGCAGUGAGCUGGACCUGAUGGAGGGAGACCACACGGUGAUGUCCAACAGUUCCGUCAUCCACCUCAAACCGGAGGAAGAGGAGAGUUUCACUGAGGAGCAGGCAGCCAGCAGUCAACCUACUGAGCCUCAGGCAACACCAGCUCAGGCCCCGAGAAAGCACUACCGCAACAGAGAGCACUUUGCCACCAUACGCACAGCAUCACUGGUGACCCGUGAGAUGCAAGAACACGAGCAGGACUCUGAGCUGAGGGAGCAGAUGUCGGGAUACAAACGCAUGAGGCGGCAGCAUCAGAAGCACCUGAUGGCCCUGGAGAACAAACUGAAAGGGGAGAUGGACGAGCACCGGCUGAGGCUGGACAAAGAGCUGGAGAGUCAGAGGAACAACUUCACCCAGGAGAUGGAGAAGCUGCUCAAAAAACACCAGGCAGCCCUCGAGAAAGAUCUGAAGACGUUUGCAAACGAUGAGAAAAAGUUCCAGCAGCACAUUCAGGUGCAACAGAAGAAGGAGCUCAGCAGCUUCUUGGAGUCACAGAAGAGGGAGUAUAAACUACGCAAGGAGCAGCUCAAAGAGGAACUGAGCGAGAACCAGUCGACUCCCAAGAAAGAGAAGCAGGAGUGGCUGUCCAAGCAGAAAGAGAACAUCCAGCACUUCCAGGCUGAGGAGGAGGCCAACCUGCUGAGGAGACAGAGGCAGUACCUGGAGCUGGAGUGUCGGAGGUUCAAACGCAGGAUCCUCAUUGCCAGACACAAUGUGGAGCAGGACCUGGCCAGAGAGGAGCUGAACAAGCGGCAAACUCAGAAGGACCUGGAACACGCUAUGCUGCUCAGGCAUCACGAGUCGAUGCAGGAGCUGGAGUUCAGGCAUCUGGGGACGAUCCAGAAGGCCCGGGCAGAACUGAUCCGGACCCAGCACCAGACGGAGCUCACCAACCAGCUGGAAUACAAUAAAAGGAGGGAGAGGGAGCUGAGGCGCAAGCAUGUCAUGGAGGUCCGGCAGCAGCCCAAGAGCCUCAAGUCCAAGGAGCUUCAGAUUAAGAAGCAGUUUCAGGAGACGUGCAAAACUCAGACCAGGCAGUACAAGGCCCUCAGGAACCAUCUGCUGGAGACGACACCCAAGUCCGACCACAAGGCCGUGCUCAAGAGGCUGAAGGAGGAGCAGACUAGGAAGCUGGCCAUCCUCGCCGAGCAGUAUGACCACUCCAUCAAUGAAAUGCUCUCCACACAGGCUCUGAGGUUAGAUGAGGCUCAGGAGGGGGAAUGUCAGGUUCUAAGGAUGCAGCUGCAGCAGGAGUUAGAGCUGCUCAACGCCUACCAGAGCAAGAUCAAGAUGCAAACAGACGCACAGCACGACAAGGAGAGGAGGGAGCUGGAGCAGAGGGUGUCUCUGCGGAGGGCUCUGCUGGAGCAGAAAAUCGAGGAGGAAAUGCUCUCCCUGCAGAACGAGCGCCUGGAGCGAAUCCGCUCGCUGCUGGAGCGCCAGGCCCGAGAGAUCGAGGCCUUCGACUCGGAGUCCAUGAGGCUGGGCUUCAGCAACAUGGUGCUCACCAACCUGGCUCCUGACUCCCAGGGAGGCUGGGGGGGAGGAGGCGGAGGAGGCCAGGGGGCUCAGGGGGGAGGCCACUGGCCCGGAGGAAGCGGAGGAAGCGGAGGAGGCAGCCACCACAGUCAUCACCACCAGGGGGGCUCCAGCUCGCAGCAGCCCUGGGGUCACCCGAUGCUGGCUGGCGGCCCACCGCCGUGGAGUCUCCACCACCCCGGAGGAGGGAGUCAGAGGGGCAGCCAGGGGGGCGCGGGAGGGGUGAGGAACAGCCCACAGGCUAUGAGGAGGACGUCAUCAGGGGGGAGGAAUGAACAGGGCAUGAGCAGGAGCGCCAGCAUCACCUCUCAGAUCUCCAACGGAUCCCACCUGUCCUACACCUAGAACACACACACUAGCAACACAGUAAUUGUCUUAAAGUUAAACUCUUGUGCGCCGAGGUUACACUGUACACACACACACACACACACCCUUUACAUACACUUGCUGUCAGUACAUCUCACACUUUAACGUACUGAGACGGGGUGAACUCAGCCCAGUUCUUCUCUCUCACAUCAGUGUACAGCAGGCAGACGUCUGUGGAAACCCCAAAGAGCUGAAACUGAUCCAACAUGGCUGAGGGCCAUUUACAGUAUGCCACAGUGCAAUAGUGUCAUUUUUCCUGCAGUACUGAUUAAUGUGUUUGUUUAUGCCAUGUUAGUCUCUGUUGCCAUAGACACAAAAGUAGUAUAUUCACAUUAUCUACCAGAGUUUAUUAUCGAGAGUAGUUUGCUUGCAGUUUUUUUGCAGUAUGCUGUUCCACAUUUAAGUGGGCAGCAUCAGAGUUUUGAAGAUGUCAUGCAGUAAGGGUCAGUAAGGGGAGAACUGGUGUUCAACGUGCAGAUUUUAAAAUAGCAUUUGCAAAUUUGUCCAGAUGUGCAGAUUCUUUCAAGUUCAAGAUUUAAUGUUUGAAUGUUACAGAUGAGAUUAUUGUUUGUGUGCAGUUACAGGAAAAUAACGGCUCAGGAGGUACUGAGGGCGUUUAAAACUGAUGGUAGACAGAAAACGAAGGUCAUUGUAAGUUAGUGUAAGUGUGUAUCGCUGACUUUACAUUUGCAGCAGUAUGCUAUCAUUUAAUCUGCAGCAGAGAGGAAAUCUUAGCAGUGCAGAAGUUGUGGUGCAGUGAUUUGUUGGAGCAUAAAGCCUCAUACUAGCAGGUAUAAAUGCCCCACAGGUUCUCAGUCCCUGGAAUUAUGUGUGGACUGAAAGCAAGGAUGCUACGAUGCCAAAAGCAAAGGUGCAGAAGUCAGAUUUGUCAUAAUAACUAUUCAAGCCAUGUUUUGUAUUUAAAGAAAUUGUGCCAGAGUAGCUCAGUUUAGUUAAUGGCCAAGUAGACGCAUGUGUUGCUGGACAGAAAGAAAGAAAGAAGUCAUUCAUCUCCUGCAGCUUUAUCGGCUCAGCUCUCGGGUUUCCACAGACCUCUGCGCUUCACUCACACCUGCCCAGUUGACGGACAGUCUGAGGGACGCUGUAGCCUUAUGAGUCCACAGCCCUCAGGACAGGGAUGGGUUUCAGCAGCACCUAACCUCUACUUGAAAAGCUUCACAACUGUUGUUCUUUCUCGCUCACUCUCUUCACUUGUUUGCUGUAGUUUAUCCAUUUAAUCUGGCACCUUCCUAAUGAUACAGUAAAAAAAAACCUGACAAACUGAUCCACGCCUGCUUGCCUACCUCUAGUACAACUAAUGUGUUAAGACUUAACAAUGACUUCCACUUUGGCGCAGGCCUUCAGUCCCAGUAAAUCAGACAUAUUCACACACACUCAUGCAAACACAAGUUGUUGAUUUUUAUUCCCCUGUCAAACAGUUUGCAAAUGUGGCUGAUAGAUGCAUGUGCAAAGAAAGUGGGACUGGAAGUGUAAAAUGUCAAAACUUGAGGGGAAAAAUAGCAGAUUUAGAAGCUGAGUUGGAUGUAAAUGAGUACGAAACUCAGCAGCAGGCGAAUGUAAAGUGAAACGCUCAUUAACUGUUUGCGUCGGGGCGUCUCUUUUAGCAGCAACAUUGCCUAAAACGUUCCCCUUUUUCUUUAAGAAUCCCUUUAAAGAACAAAAACAAACGAACACAGUGUGAGGAGGAGCUUCCCCGGCCCUCUGCUGGUUGGUGGCUGCUGAAUGCGUCCGCGGACGGAUGGGCGGUGAUGCUGUGAUCUCCGCUGCCAUGCCCCUGCAACCUUCCCCGGUCUGACACCCCGCUCUGUCUCACCCCCCGAUGACCACAAAGUCACGUUCUGACCACCGAUCUCCCUGCUUCCCUCCCGCCUUCCGUUUCCUCCCCUCCUGAGCCUUUUGUGGUCGUCGCCCCCUCCCCGAUCUAAGGAGCAAUUCAAGUGAAAGAAAAAAAAAAAAGAAGAAAGAAAUAUAUAUAUAUAGAUGUAUUAUUAUAUAAGUCUAUUAAAAAAAGAAGGAUUAUAGAGAAGAUAAAGGUGGAAGUGUUAUUGCAGAAAUGCAAAGAUUAUGCAUUAUAUGAUUUUUUUGUUUUGUUUUGUCAGUGGUGGAAUGUACAGGAAAUGUGUUAAUAGUGUAUAUUUUGAAUUUGAACAUAUGGAAAUCGAAUUGACAAAUCAAAGACAAAUUAAGUUGCGAUGCGGGCACAAUGAUGUGGCUUUAGAGCAGCGGCGGUGGGAUGAACGUUAAUUACAGCCGCUGAGUUUUCACUGUCUUACUUGCAGCUGCGAGUUCUAAAACUUGUUACAGAUAUUCUGUUGUGAAUGAUAACACAACUUUAGGUCAGAUUGCCUUGAGGAAACGGCAAACGUUUUGUUUAAUAGCGUAUGAGGAUGUUUUUGCACAUAAUUUGAAACCUAGCUAGGGUGUAGCCUUUGCUGUAGCAUCGGCUGUGUUUUACUGACGUUAUUCUACCCAACAUAGAAGACUGGACCUCUCUGUUUAGGAGCUUCGUGGUUUUUAGAAGACUCUCAGGCCUCAAGUUAAAGGAUGUAAUAACAUCGAAAAAGAGCUGUCUUUUAAGAUUGUAAAACAAUAUUUGAUGCACUCUGCCGCCUCGAUUUGCUUCCAAAUUCUUGCACAAGACAGCGAAAUUCUGUUUCUGAAAAUGGUUACUCUCCGUCAUGUGGGGUCCAGUGGCGUUAUUUGGACUGUUAUUUCAGAUUUCACGCCAACUAUUUUCACACUGCACUUAAUUAUUUUUGCCUUUUUAUUAAAAACAAGAAAAAUCUUCCCACCCUGCACUCAAAACGUAUAAUCCUGUUGUUUUUCUUGGCUCAGUUCUGGAAACAGAAGUUGUACCGAACAUCUUUUAUCAACCUUUUUUUUUUUUUUUUUUGUUCCAGCUCUUUAGUGUUUUUAUGCCAGAAAAAGAUCAUUAUUAUUUUAUUUUCCAGAUGAUGUCUCCAGAGGGCCAAACGAGUGGCAGAUUUUUUUUCUUUAGACCUUUUUGUGUUUACUAGAACUCCCAGGUGUUUUGCGAGGCGGACGGGGGGCAGAGUCUAGCUUUAGACCUUGGUCGCUCUGAACUGGAUCGGUUGCACUGAUUGCACAAGUGACUGACCAGAUUAAAGAGUCUACUGUGAUCCCCCCCCUCGGCGAGCUGAGGGGCGGCCGCCAUUGGCUGAAAGUAGGCGGGAGGCAGGGUUACGUCUGUACAGUCUGUUUAUCAGUAUUCCUUUUAUCUCCUGUCAUUUUGGUGGAUCUUGCUGUUUUAUUCUCCCUGGUCCAGAGAUCUGUAUUAAACUGUAUUAAAUUGUAUAGAUUGUGCAAAGAAAAAAAACGAAGAAAAAAAAAAGCUGAAUGUCGCAUAGCAGAAGAGAAAAGAUAUUCCUUACAGAUGACAAAGUGAUUUAAAAAUGUAUAAAAGAAAUUCAGAAGCAAAAUUUAGGGGAUAAAUGUAAUAUUUUGUUUGUAAUUACUAUUUUUUGUUGGAAGAGGGCUACUGGAUAAAGAAUCAUCUGUAAUAAAGUAAUUUUAAUAUUU